AUGGCCGGCACAUUUCUGUACUGGCUAUUGCUCACCUAUUCGACUAUUAUCGAUCGACCGGUUAGUAGUACUCCUGAUGAUCCGAAGUUAACAUUCGAGCAACUCUAUCAGUAUGGAAAAUGGGAGUAUACGGAUAAGAAUUGGCCAGAUUUAAUGCGAGGUACAGAAGCAGCUCAAGCUGUCGCGAACUAUCUACUGUUUGAUGAUAAUCCUUUGAUGAGGCGGAACAAGUACUUUUAUCUCAAACAGUAUAAAAAACCGGAGCUAUUUGUGCCCGAUCAGAAAAUUAUCGAUAUCCACAAGCAACGCACACUGGAGGCUCGUUAUUUGCAGUUUAUUGAUGACAAAUUCAAAUUCGUCAAUAACGAGUUCCCAGCAGAACUUCGAGAUGAUCGGGUGAAGUUCGACACCACAGUUUCCAUCGACGAUCCCUUCGACUACGAUUCCGUCACACGACUUCUCUCAGCUCCAGAAUGUCAAUCCUUACGAUCGCCCUUUCCAGUAGCCCAUUUUGACCAGUUGAUAUCAGAACUGGAAGCAAGGGUGAAGCUGAUUUGGCCAGCUGCC